CUUUAACAUGGCCAACUCAACCAAACCUCAUUUUCAACUCCCUUCUAUUUUCGAUUACGAAGGCGGAUGGGGACCUGCCUCUGAUCUCGUUCCUGAUCAGUUCAAAGAUAUUCCUUAUGCACCUUACAGUAAGGGAGACAAGUUGGGUCGUGUAGCCGAUUGGACCAAUCCUGAAGGCCAAAAGCAAGAUAACCGAGAAACUACUCGUCAAGGCAGAACCGGAUUCAAUCGUUUCAACAAAGAACAACCACAAGCCUAUGGUGCUUCAUUUGCUUCUGCUUUUGCUUACUUCCACAAUGAAGACGAAUCUUCUUUUGCUGUUGUCGACAACCGUUCCACAGCCACCAAGAAGCAGGCCAUGAAGGCUGUCGCUCCUCGCAACGUUCGCACUCAACCCACCAAACAAACUCGUGCUACCGGCCAACGUACUGGCAAUACUGCUACUGCUUCCAAGUACGGUCAACAAAAGAAACGUUAUGGAUUCAAAGACUACGACAAGCCUCAACGUGUUCGUAAUGCUUCUAUUACAAUUGGACCUGAUUGGAAAGUAUUGGAUGAAAUUGAAUUUAGUCGUUUGAGCAAAUUGAACUUUGCUAUUCCCCCUGCUACUGAAAUUGCUUCAUAUGGUUUCGUCAAUAUGUAUGAUAAAGCAUAUGAUCGUGUCAAUACCAAGAAUGAAAAACCAUUGCAACACAUCGAACGUGUCAAAUACGACUCAAUGACAACCGAAGACCCUGUGAUCCAAAAGCAAAUUCAAGAAAACAAGGCCAAGGUGUUCGCUACAGAUGUCGUACUUGCCCUCUUGAUGUGUGCUCCUCGUACGGUUUACCCCUGGGACGUGAUCGUCAAGAAGACAGAAGACGGCAAGGUCAUCCUCGACAAGCGACCUGGCAGUGCUGCCGAUUUCGUGACAGUCAACGAAAACUCAUUUGAUCCUCCAGUUGAAAGUGACAAGGACAUGAUCAAUUCAUGGUCUGCACUCUGCAACGAAGCCACCUAUAUCAACCAAAACUUCUCAAGACAGGUUCUCAGCAAGGAGAGUUCUAUCAACUUUGAUAAUCCCAAUCCAUUCGCCACACCCGAAACAGAGAAAGAUUUGGCCUCAUGCGGCUACCGUUACAAGUUAUUUGAUAUGACCAAUGGUGAAGAAGGUGCAGAAAAGAUUGAAAUGUUGGUCCGUACCGAAGUUGACGCUGCUGUCAAGAUGGGCAACAACACAAACUAUAUUACCGUUCGUGCGCUUAACGAAUUUGAUCCUACCGCCCAAGGAUCUGGUGGUGCCUUGCCCUGGAAGAAGAGUUUGGACUCACAACGUGGUGCUGUCGUGGCGACCGAAAUGAGAAACAACGCAGCCAAAUUGGCUCGAUGGGCCGUUCAGGCCAUCCUUGCCGACGCCGAUCAACUCAAGCUUGGUUAUGUCGCUCGUACCAAUCCCAAGGACAACUCACGUCACGUCAUCCUCGGUACUCAAGCAUACAAGCCUCGUGAUUUCGCUGCUCAGAUGAAUCUGUCAUUGACCAACGGAUGGGGUAUUGUCAAGGCUGUCGUCGAUAUGUGCUUGCAGUUGCCUGAAGGCACUUAUAUCAUGAUGAAGGAUCCCAACAGACCUAUCCUUCGUGUCUAUCUCGUUCCUUCUGAAGACGAUUUGGCUUUUGAUGAGGAAGAGGAAGCUGAAGACGAAGAAGAAGAAGAGGCUCAACCAACUGAAGAAAAGUAAUAGAAGGCACACACGGUUUUGUAAUUUAAAUGAAUAAACACAUACUUUAAUCAAAGGAAGUAUAUUUAUAAAUAUAUGAAUAUAUAUGGGAUAAAAAAAAGGAAGGG